AUGGGUCGCUCUAUUUUCUCAUGUUUCACUUUCACCCUGUGGCUCGUCGGGACGGUCGCAUUUCCCUACGAAGCCUCGCUGGCCGACUGGAACCUGAACCAGAACUCAGAGGCUGGCCAUCCUCUCGACUAUUGGGGAGAAUGGGAAGGUCACACCUAUACACCGUCGCCAGACAACUGGCGCAUGCCAACCUAUACCCUUGCACUGGACCGAUUCUCGAACGGUGAUCCUUCCAACGACGACGCUAACGGAACCCGAUUCGAACAUGACUGGAUGGCUAACCAGCUCCGGUUCGGCGGAGACAUCCAAGGAGUGAUCGAUAACUUGGACUACGUUCAUGGCAUGGGUAUCAAGACAAUCUAUCUCAUGGGAAGCCCCUUUAUCAACCUGCCUUGGACAGCCGACAGCUACAGCCCUUUGGACCUCACCUUGCUCGAUCAACAUCAUGGCCGCAUUCAGGACUGGAGAGAUCUCAUCGACGCCAUCCAUGAGCGAGGCAUGUAUGUUCUCCUGGACAACACCAUGGCCACUGGCGAGUAUGAGUACGAGUGGAAGUACGAUAGGCGCUACGUCGACUUCGAGCCAGGAAAUGACAUUGUCGACUGCACCUACCCUCGCAUGUGGGAUGAUGAUGGUUGGCAGAUCACCAUCAACCAGACCACGUGCCGUGAUAGCGAGUUCGACCAGUACGGCGACUCGGCCAACACCGGGCAUGUCAUUUGUAUCGCCAUGCUCGACAUUGACGGGUUCAGAAUGGACAAGGCGCUCCAAUCGACAGUGGACGCCCUGGCUGAGUUUUCCGACUACCAACGCCAGUGUGCGAAGCGAUAUGGUAAAGAAAACUUCUACAUCAUUGGAGAAGUCGUGGGAACCGCUGCUCAAUCCUCGGUGUACACUGGCCGUGGCAAGCAGCCCAACCAUUACACCACCAACGCCACGGCUGCUGCCUUGUCUACGAACAUAACGGAUACUGACAACGUUAUCCGCGACGUUGGAAUGUCUGCUUUGGAUGGUACUGCAUUCAGCUAUAUCAUCUACGGUGGGAUGACAAGAUUCCUUGGACUUGAUGGUUAUACUGGCCUAGAUGGGACAGAUUUUGUGGAAUUCUGGAACCAGAUGCUUGUUCAGAAUGACUUUGUUAAUGCCAACACUGGAAAGUUUGAUCCCCGAGCAGUGAUCGGCAUGACCAGUCAAGACGUAUUCCGCUGGCCGGCCAUCAAGAACGGCACCCAAAGACAGCUUCUCGGACAGUUCAUUACCACUCUAGAGAUUCCCGGCACGCCGGCACUCUUUUGGGGCGAGGAACAGAGCCUGUACCUCCUUGACAGCACCUCAUCUGACUUUCUCUACGGCAGACAGCCGAUGAGUAGCAGUCCGGGGUGGCAGCUUCACGGCUGUUACCACGUUGGAGAUGACACGUACUAUGGUGAUUUUCCUGACGGUCCGGCGAGGACUGGCUGCCAUGACGACGCCGUCAGCCUCGACCACAAAGACCCGUCGCAUCCCACCAGGAAUGUCAUCAAGCGGAUGUUUGAGAUGAGGCAGCAGUAUCCUGUACUCAAUGAUGGGUACAUGCUCAAGACCCUUUCGAACCAAACCAAUGAUGUCUAUCUUCCUGGAAGCGCAAACGUUCCCAGCACCUUUGGAGUAUGGAGCGUGUGGCGCUACCAACUGGAGGGUGCCCAGGACUUGGAGACACCCGAUGCUGAUGGCAAUCAGGGAGUCUGGCUUGUCUAUUCCAACCUUAACAGGAGCGAAGAGUUCACUUUCGAUUGUCAGGAUGAGGCGGACGCUCUUGUCUCCCCUUUUGCUGUCGGGACUACGGUGAAGAAUUUGUUCUAUCCUUACGACGAACAUGUUCUGCAGAACUCAUCAGCCAUUGUGGAUGGUAUGACGGGGCUGCGCGGGUGCCUGUCAAACCUCAGCAUGGAACCUUGGGGUUACAAAGCUUACAUCCCCAAGGCAAGCUUUAUCGACCCGGCGCCGACAAUUACGCGUAUCGUUCCCUCACACGACGAGAGGCUCACAGCAACUGUCGAGCUCGGUGAGAAACAAACUGUUCCGAUUGAGGUCCAUUUCUCCCAGGUCAUGGAUUGCGACUCCGUCAUUGGCGCACUUUCCGUGAAUUCCACAUCGUCAGACGGGACACUAGCCCGGAUCAGCAACGACACUAUUGCGUGCGUCAGCCUUGACGCGGUUGAAGGCGCGCAAUAUGUGGGCCAACCUGCCGGUCUAUGGAAGAUCACCGCUGAUCUCGAAGAUGUGUCGCACGGGAUGCACUCCCUCACAAUCGCCAACGCCUCCACUGCGGAUGGGACCUACACCAAUGCGAUCGACCGCUUCAUGUUCCGGAUCGGCGCCAGCGAUAAUCCCGUCGUGUUUCCCCAGACAGGAAACUAUUCGAGCAACCUCCUGUAUCGCGACGAGUCUACCAACAAGCUUUAUGUCUCCCAGCGUGCCGCUGGUGCCGACAAGUUCCGCUACUCUACCACUUGGGGGUCAAGCUGGAGUAAGUGGCUCGACUACACCAGUGAGAUUAUCACCCUCGAAGACCAGGCUUGGUCUGGGACUUCGCGACAGGCUUGGGAUGGCGAGCAUGUUGUGAUCCAAUACUGGAGCCGGCUGGCCAGCAGCAGUGACCACGUGCAGCACGGCGACCUGGUGCAGGGCGACCAAGACUCGCACAAGCCACGUCGCUGGCCGCAUGCUUUCAUUCUGGGAUCCUGGAACGAAUGGGGAUACGAUGAUGGCCUGGCCAACAACAUGCGGCUGACUCACCCUACCAUCGAUGAUGGCAACUCCACUGGCAGCAACUGGGCCUUCGACCUGGAGGCUGAGUGGCCCACCCAGAUCCAAGUCAACGUCUGGGGCAUGAACCCCAACGGGCUGCCGGACAAGACAGCGCAGUUUGGCGAUGUCGACGGUGACAAUGUUCUUGACUGGCUGAAGCCUGAUACUCUGGCCGACAAUGUCAUCAACAUCACACAAGGCCCUGGAAUGCCAUAUGUUGGCUGGCGACUGCUGGUGAACGAUGGCACCUGGAAUUACCGGGUGGUGCCUGCGGGCUCCGGGUGGUACCAGCUUGUGCUGUCUAUACUGCUUGGAGUGGUUCCACUCCUGUGUGCUUGCCUUGCCCUGUGGACUUUCAAGCGAUCCUAUUAUCAGGUCAAGUUCAAUCAAAUUGGUGUCAAUACCAGCGCUGGUUUCUGGAAGGACACGGCGUCCAAGCUGAAGCGGUCUGACCACCGCGAGAUGGCCCAGAAGGAGAAGUCAACAGCUCCAAUGCAAGCCGCUCCCGCGUCAACAGCCGCUACGACAACCGCUCUCGCUGAAGCCUCACAGGCACCCCGCCGCACCACACUUAUUGCCACUAUGGAGUAUGAGAUCGAGGACUGGAACAUCAAGAUCAAGAUCGGUGGUCUUGGAAAGAUGGCUUCCCUGAUGGGCAGCUCGGCCCUAGCACAUCAGAACCUCAUCUGGGUGGUCCCUUGUGUCGGCGGCAUCGAGUAUCCGGUGGACACUGUUGGCGAGCCAAUGGUAGUCACCAUCAACAAAACUCGGUACAUCGUCAACGUCCAGUACCAUCAGGUCCGCAACAUCAAAUUUGUCCUCCUUGACGCACCGGUAUUUAGAGCUCAGACUAAAGCCGACCCCUAUCCCGCUCGCAUGGACGAUAUUGAGUCUGCAAUCUACUACAGCGCCUGGAACGCGUGCAUCGCGGAAACUCUACGGCGCUUCCCCGUCGACCUGUAUCAUAUCAACGACUAUCACGGCACCCUUGCACCGCUCUAUCUACUCCCAAAGACGGUGCCAGUCUCCCUGUCGCUCCAUAAUGCAGAGUUUCAGGGAAUGUGGUCUCUUCGCACAAAGGGCGAGAUGGACGAGAUCACGGAGGUCUUCAACCUGCCCAAGGAGACAGUCAAGACAUAUAUCCAGUUCGACAAGGUGUUCAACAUGCUUUACGCGGCCGCCAGCUACAUCCGCCAAUUCCAAGGCGGGUUCGGCGCCGUCGGUGUCUCCAAGAAGUACGGAGCCAGAGCCUAUAAGCGCUACCCCAUCUUCUGGGGUUUGCACGAGAUCGGCUCCCUGCCAAACCCAGACCCUGACGAUAUGGCUGACUGGAACGCGGGCAUGGCCAAGGAAAUCGGGACCAUGGACGUUGCUGUUGAUGAGGACGCGGAAGAGAAGAGGGGUGAGCUGAGGGUUCAGGCCCAGAAAUGGGCUGGCUUGGAGGAAAACCCUAAUGCCCAGCUCUUCGUUUUCGUCGGCCGAUGGUCUUUGCAGAAGGGCAUUGAUCUCAUCGCGGAUGUCUUCCCUGCCAUUCUGGACAAGCACAAAGACGUGCAGCUCAUAUGUCUCGGCCCUACGAUCGACAACCAUGGCAAAUUCGCUGCACUGAAAUUGCAAAAGACGAUGGAACGGUACCCUGGCCGGGUCUACUCCAAACCCGAGUUCGUUUCGAUCCCUCCGUAUGUCUUCAGUGGAGCAGAGUUUGCCCUGAUGCCAUCUCGAGACGAGCCAUUCGGACUCGUCGCCGUUGAGUUUGGCAGAAAGGGCGCGCUUUGUGUGGGAUCCCGCGUUGGAGGCCUGGGCCAGAUGCCUGGUUGGUGGUUUACAAUCGAGUCGACUGAGACCAAGCACUUGCUGCGCCAGUUCAAGUCUACUAUCAAAUCUGCCCUCGCUUCUUCCGAGGAGACGAGGCGCCUGAUGAGGGCCAGAUCAACCCCGACUGCCACUUUCGCACCGAGGAACAAGUCAUUUUCUGCUUUAGGCAAACUCUUGUCCAAGAGGCUGGACGAUCUUGCAGAGCUUGACAGGACGCAGUCACAGAUGGAGGCCAACGAGUUCCCCAAUGAAGGACAGAGUUCAAACAGAUCAUCCUCUGGCAAUGAGGCGGAUGAGUCUCUCACCCAUAGCGUGCCAACAGCCAAUCAGUCCGUCCUUACCCUUGACACUGUCGUCGGCGGGCGCAGUGAUUUCAAAUUACAGAACGUGGAGCCCUUCUUCAAUGACCCAAAGGGCGAGUAUUACAGCUCGUUCUCGAAGCUCAUCGAUUCCCACAAGGGCAACCUGUCCGCGGACAAGCUGUGCGUUGAGGACUACAUCCGCUCUUCGGAGAAGAACUGGUUCGCUCGCUUCCACGAUGCCAAGCUGGGCAAGACUCCAAAGCCCGUCGUCGAUGUGUCAUCCAGGUCAACAUCGGCCGCCAGCAGCCGCGAUGACGGAAGUGUCCAAGUCAACGAGUUCAACCUGAGCCCAGACUACAAGCCCCCAACAGGCCUGAGGAAGCUCAUGCUAGCCAAGAUCGGAGACUGGCCGGUCUAUGCAUUCCUGCUCGCCCUCGGACAGAUCAUCGCUGCCAACUCGUACCAAAUCACUCUGCUCACUGGACAGAAUGGCCAGAGUGCCGAGCAGGUGUACAUCACCUCGGCCAUCUACCUCUGCGGAUCAAUAUUCUGGUGGAUGCUCUUCCGCAACGUGAAGCUCUACAUCUCCUUGUCCCUGGCUUUUGUUUUCUACGGCGCUGCCUUCCUCAUCCUGGGCCUGAUCCCCUUCGCGACCUCGCCACUCGACAUCGUGGCCCUGCAGUACACCGCAACAGGCCUCUAUGCCGUCGGCUCGGCCAGCGGGUUCCUCUUCUUCACGCAGAACUUCCUGACUGAGGGCGGAAACCCAGUGCGGGCGUGGAUGUUCCGCGCAUGCACCAUCCAAGGCACGCAGCAGAUCUACAUCGCGGCGUUGUGGUACUGGGGUUCGUACUCGGCCAAGCUCCGCAACAGCGGCUAUACGCUCAUCUCGUCGUCCUCGCGCACCGUGACGUGCGUGACGCUGCCCAUCGCGGUCCUUCUAUGGGCCGUCGCCCUGGUGCUCUUCGCAGGCCUCCCCGAGGCGUACCGCAGCAGGCCGGGCUACGUCUCGGCCUUCUACCGCUCCGUCCUGCGCCGCAGGAUCGUGGUCUGGUUCCUCGUCGUCGCCGCCAUCCAGAACUACUUCCUCUCGGCCCCCUACGGCCGCAGCUGGAGCUACCUGUGGUCCAGCGCCGUCGCGCCCGCGUGGAGCAUCGCCGUCCUGGCCGUCUUCUUCUUCGUCGUCGUCUGGGCUGCCAUCCUCGCCGCCAUGGCCUACCUCUCCAACGAGCACUCGUGGGCCCUGCCGCUCUUCGCCAUCGGCCUCGGCGCCCCGCGUUGGGCGCAGCUACUGUGGGGCACCAGCGGCGUCGGCCUCUACCUCCCGUGGGUGGGCAGCGACCUCGCCGGCGCGCUGCUCGGCCGCAGCCUCUGGCUCUGGCUGGGUGUGCUGGAUGCCCUGCAGGGCGUGGGCUUCGGCAUGAUCCUGCUGCAGACGCUGGGCCGGUUCCACGUCAGCUGGACCGUGUUUGGCGCGCAGGUGAUCGGGUCCAUCGGCACCAUUGCUGCGCGUGCGAGCGCGCCGGAUAAGAUUGGCCCGGGCCCUGUAUUCCCCAAUUUGGCGUUGAACCUGUGGGAGGGGCUGAAUAACGUUUGGCUCUGGGUCCCGCUUUUGCUGCAGCUGCUUGUUUGUGUGGGCUUUUUCGUGUUCUUCAGAAAAGAGCAACUAUUCAAGCCGUAA